CAUAACCCACCAUACAAACAGAAAGUGUGUGUGUGUGUGCGCAACGAGACCACAUUUCUUUCCUCUGUGUGUUCCAUUUCUGUUCAGGAAACUGUAAGCUGUGAUCUGAGAGAAUGUUUGUGUUUUUUUCCUCCCUCCCUCACGCAGUCAUUCAUACGUGAGCUGAGUGUCUUACUCUCUCUAUAACACUGUUUUUCCGAACCCUGCGUGGAACAAUGUGUGAAGUAUAACAGUCAACACACCUUCAGAACGUCCUCCUGCUCUUCAGAACUACUGUAUAUCAGACGCGUGAGAGGCUGAGGACCGUUUUAAUCUUCAGCAACAUGACACUCAAAUCACACUGCUCACAUCAGCGCACACCAACAGGAUCUCUAUGGAGCAGCGGACACUGCAAAAGACAGCACAGCUCUAAAUCACAGCAGCACAACUACCUCACAAGAACACAUCCCAUGGAGCAGAGGAGGCCCAAACCUCACAGGUUCCACUCCUGCCUGAUGUUUCGCUUAAAGGAGCGUGUGAGGAUGGAGCACAGCCAGCCCGAAAGAGACGUCCAGGAGAGCACUGAGAGCAGACUGAGGGAGCUGGCCCUCAAAUGGUUUACAGAGACCCAGGCGCCUCUGAUUCUCCACAACGGCAACUUCCCAGAAUGGUUCCAAGGAUUUAUCAGCAGAAAGGAUGCAGAGGAGCAUCUGAGAGACAAGGAACUGGGAUGUUUCCUCAUUCGGCUCAGUGAUAAAGCCACUGGAUACAUUCUGUCAUACAAAGGUCGUGAUCGAUGUCGGCACUUUGUCAUCAAUCAGAGUAAAGACGGGCGUUUUAUUGUGACGGGCGACACAGAAAUGCAUGAUUCUCUCACCAGCCUCAUCGAAUAUUACAAGACCAGACCCAUUGAACCGUUUGGAGAAUAUCUGACACUCUCCUGUUUUGAGUCAUCCAUAAGUGAGCUCUAUGAUGUGAUUCAUAUUGACCUGAGGGAGAAGCCAGUAUUAAGGGUUAAAGCUGCGAAGGAUAUUUGGGACGAUCACGAGGCACUGCAACCCCCUGCCCUGCCGCCCAAAGGACUCAGAAACACACCCGCAGUGCCGCCAGUGCCAAGAAAAGGCCCUCCUCUGAAAGCCGCAAAGCACAGCCCAGAAAAUGUGCUGUACACAACGAUAGACCUGCAGAAGCCCAGAGGAAGAACCAGAACGCCCACACAGGGCAAAGACAUUUCACUUACAGCUUUCCGAGGGGAACCCAGAGCCCCGAGGCUACAGAAAGUUCCUGCCGCAAACCAAGGAACCAUUUACUCUGAGCUCUUAGUGCCGAACUGCAGAAGCCAAUCCCUGCCCUUCCUGGAAGACGACAGUGAAGAAGUACACUUUAAUAGAAGAAGCCAACCGCAAAUGUCUUCCCACAUGCAGAGAGAACAACUCAGCAAUCCCGGUUUGGAAAUACUGUGCAAUUCAUCGGUUUAUCAGUUAGUCGGAACACAAAGCAAACAAAACACAAGAUCGUCAAAGGUCAACGUACAGGAAAGCGACGUUAUAUAUGCCAAGGUGCCUCUUGAACACUUUCAAAAUCACUUCCUGGCUGACGACAUGUAUGAGCAGAUUCCUGAUUCACGGCCUACAGCGAGAGCAGAGGAGACCUCGCACACUAAUACUUACGAAACGUUAACAGACUUAAAAUCCAAGCAGAUUUUAUCUGCCCGCCCCCUUAAGACUGAGAAAUGGAAAUGGCUCACCCCCGAAUACUGGAAAAAAUAACCUGUUCAGACGAACAUCACAUCACUGACGUGAAUCAUAACAUUACACUAAUGAAGAACAAACAUGUACUUCUGUCCACUGAAGCUACUUCUGAUCAAUGAAUACUAGAAUAGUGCAGCUUUACUUUUCACUGGAUUUUUGUCUGUCUAUUUGUGAAAUACUUCUAUGUGUUACAAAGAAUAUUUAUUAACUUAAUAAAAAUAUAUAUUGCGUCCUGAUGUCAAAAACAAGCUAUUGGAAAUUUUCUUUUAAGAAAAGGAAUUUCAUGUAUUUGAUGUGUAAUAAAAUAAUGAUAUUGUGCAUAGUCAGCCUGUGCCACUUUUUGAGGAUUUGCAAACAAUUCUUGUUUCAUCUCUACUUUAUUGACAAUGAAUUAUUAAUGCACGGAGUGGGAAUGAAGCUGUUAAACUUAACAGUCUUCAGAAUGACCGAACCUGCCAGUACCAGAGACCAUCUGGGGAGGUGCACAUCUGUCUUUCCAGAUUCA